AUGGACGCUCGCUGCCACUGCGGCGCCGUUCGCUUCAAAACGCCGCUGGCCGCGCCGCUGGCCACGUACGUUUGCCACUGCGACACGUGCAAGUCGCUGUCGAGCUCGGCGUUUGCCAUGUCGGCCAUUUUCCCAAAGUUUGAGCUCCCGCCCUCGGAGCUGCUGAGCUGCUAUACACGACUGACCUCGACGGGGGCCACAUUGCAUUGCUACUUUUGCCGAAAUUGCGGCACCAGAGUCGUUCACAGCACAGACGCAAAGAAUGUCGUGUCCGUGAGGGGAGGCUGCAUCUCGGGCAUCGACUGGACCAAGGCCGUCCACAUCUGGACCAAGAGCGCCAUGGUGCCCAUCCCGGAGAGCUCCGAGUCGUACUCGGAGAACUCGUCGGACAGCAGCGGGCAGGGGCCAGCGCAAGAAGUGUUGGACUGA